AUGAAAAAACAUAAAACCCCAUGUAAAAAAUUCUAUCGCCAAAGGGCACACUGUAACCCACUUUCAGAUAGUUAUAUAAAAUAUCCGUUAAAUUAUAAAUAUGUGAAUUGGGGAAUACAUUAUCCAUUCUAUUUUAGCGAUUUAGAAAAUGAAGAUAAAAAUGAGAGGAAAAAUGAAGAUAAAAAUGAGGGAAAAAAUGAAGGCAUAAAUGAGGGCAUAAAUGAGGGAAUAAAUGAGGGGGAACAAGUUGCCAAAGUAGAAAAGGAUACCAUGCAAGGUAGCGAAACUGUGCAAUGUGGCGAAACUGUGCAAUGUGGCGAAACUGUGCAAGGUAGCGAAACUGUGCAAUGUGGCGAAACUGUGCAAUGUGGCGAAACUGUGCAAUGUGGCGAAACUGUGCAAUGUGGCGAAACUGUGCAAUGUGGCGAAACUGUGCAAUGUGGCGAAACUGUGCAAUGUGGCGAAACUGUGCAAUGUGGCGAAACUGUGCAAUGUGGCGAAACUGUGCAAUGUGGCGAAAAUAAUGCGGAUGCAGAUCAACUAUUUUUAAACACAAAUAAAUAUCCAAUAUGCUAUGAAAAUAGAAUCCAAAUUAAGCCAAAUAAUUUUGAAGUAAAUUUUUUAGAUAUAGGAUGUGGUUAUGGAGGGCUACUUUUUGAAUUAAGCAAAGCUUUUGAUAAUAAACUAAUAUUAGGUUUAGAAAUAAGAGAUAAAAUAACUAAUUAUGUUGGAGAAAAAAUUAAUACUUAUCGAAAAAACAAUUUCCCAAAUUAUAAUAACAUAGCAGUUAUAAGAACAAAUGCAAUGAAAUUUCUACCUAAUUAUAUUAAAAAAAAUCAAAUUGAAAAAAUGUUUUUUUGUUUUCCUGAUCCACAUUUUAAAAAACCAAAUUGGAGGAGAAGAAUAAUAACUAUAGAAAAUUUAUCAUUAUAUUAUCAUCUAUUACAAAAAAAUGGAUUAAUAUAUUUUAUAACUGAUGUUUUUACUUUAUAUUUAUGGGUUCGAUUCUGCUUUAACAAAUAUCAAAAAUUUAAAAUACUUUCUGAAGAAGAAUAUAAAAAUGAUAUUUGUAUAAAAUUGAUACAUGAAACAUCAGAAGAAUCAAAACGGGUUAAAACACAAAAUAAAAAUAUGUAUUUUUGUGUUGCACAAAAAAUCUAA